AUGAGCAAAUCUUCUCCUCAAGGAAAAUCAAUUAAGCCACAAAAAUCAAAUCUUUCCGCAAUAUCAUCUUUAUCAGAUCUUUCAGUUUUUUCUGACGCAGCAAAAUUCGAAAACAGACAACAGCUUAUUGAACAAUAUAAACAAUUAGUCGAACAAUAUCAACAUGAAGUAGAUGAAAAGAAGCGCAUAGAGCAAGAAACACAUGAUGUAAUGCUUAAAAUUGCCUCUAUUACAAAACAGGAUGCAAGAAUUGAUGAAUUGCUUCAAGAAGUUCAGAAGAAUAAUCAGAGGCGCUCUAGGAGUAGAAUGAAAUUAGAUAAAAACAAGAAGAAAUGA